CGGCACGACAAGUGCGUUGUGCGUGAUGACAUCAUAAUUAGGGCAAGCGUAUAGUCCAAUAGUCAAAACUUUCGGUCAUCUGGGAAGCAGGUUUCCCUUUUUUCCCGUGCAACUCUGGCAGACAUCGCCGGGAGCUGCAGGAAAGGUUGGACAAAGGAGUGAGGGUGAAAGACGGAGCUUCGUGCACGGAAGAGCUAAUGGGCUUUCCGGAUGCUCUUCAGGAGCUGCUGGACAGGUUGCCUGCCCGUGUUGUGCUCGAGCUUCUGCGGCAAGGGUUAUGUCUCCGGUGUAUAUUUCGCUUUCUGAAUGUCCGCGAUGCCGUGUACUCUAUUGAGCUACCUACUCCAGCUGAGGUCUACUCGAAAAUUUUCUCCUCCACCGAGCAUAACCAAGAACACGAGUUGGAGAAUUUGAAAAACUCGGUCUUAGAUGAAAACUCUGCUCCUUGUUUAAUAUGCCUUGGAGUACUACAACGGUUAGACCAUGCAGCUGGAACUGAACGUCAAGAGCACGAACCUUUUGAAGGCCUUGAAAAAAAUCCAGUCUCUUGUAUAUUGAAGGCUAUCGACGAUGCGGGCCAUUCUGUUGACAAAUUUUGUCUCGAAGUCUCUUUACCGGCUCUUAUUCUUCUUCGAGAGCGUAGCUUUUGGUGUUACUUGAAGGAACAAUACAAGGUGGAGACUUUGUUCAGUGGACAGGAUGUAAAUGACCACAUAGUUUCCUUGAAGGAGGCUGUGAAAUGGUCUUUGCUUGAACGUCUUGAACAUGCACUGUCUGCAAAGUUUGACACAAGCGCGGCACUUCGAAUUGCCCUAGUGUUCAAACAUCCCGGAUCCCCAGCGGAGAUUGAGUUUUUAGCUGCUGCGUCGACAGGAGGAGAUGCAAAGCGGAAAAGAAAUGGAGGGCAUAAUGAGCCUGAAUCCCAAGGUUUCGCUGCUGUUGUAGCGGCUAGAGCUGUUGCAGAAGCUGGAGAGUCCUUGGCUGCUGUACAGCGGAGCCUUGCAUCUAUGAACAACGAACUGUUUGUGAGACGUUAUCAGUGCCCACCAUCUCAGUGUUCUCUUUCCUGCGAAAUCGCGGCUGUGAUUUGGAGAAAUCCAGUUUUCGUUGGCGGAAGAUACUUGAAGUUCUCACGAAAUGUCAGUCAAAGCCGGUGGUUGAUUGAGGAGGAACGCAUGGGUGAGGGUUCAGUGCAGGAAAUUAUUGGUGAUGUAGUGAUGCCUUUUUACAAAGCAGACAACUACAAGUUUCACGCUGCUGGCCGGGAGGAUAUUGACGUUCGCAUGCUGGGAACAGGUCGCCCGUUUAUAAUCGAGUUACUUAAUGCUCGGAGAAUUCCGUCAGCUUCAGAAAUAGAGAAGGCGGAGUUAGACAUCAAUGGCCAGAAAGAAGGCUGGGUUAAAGUGAAGGGUUUACGACAAGUUGGCAUCGAAGUAUGCGCUCUGAUGCGUCAGGGAGAGGUUGAAAAGCAGAAGGAAUAUGUAGCUGUUGUUUGGCUUGAUCGUCCUGUGACUCAAGCAGAUUUCAAACGACUGUCUGAUCUAAAAGAGCUGGAGAUACAACAGAAGACGCCAGUUAGAGUUUUACAUCGGAGGAGUCCUUUGAUACGGCCGCGAACAAUCCACUGGAUGAGGUGUGAGCCAAUUAAAGGGAGUGAAAACUACUUCUUACUACAACUUUGUACUCAGGCUGGAACCUACAUUAAGGAGUUCGUACAUGGUGACUUGGGACGAACCUAUCCAAAUGUUGGAUCAUUGCUCGAUUGCGCCGCAGACAUCUUGCAGUUGGAUGUCAUGGAUGUGAAAAUGGAGUUUGAUUAAACUAGCCCGGUACGGAAGUGCUUCUUCGGCCAGUCUUGUCUUCAGUGACGGACAUUUUCGUUCACAACGCUGGCGCCUGCCUUUUGGCGUGAACCGGGUAGAAUUCGUUCAUUCCUACUGUAUACCUAACUUCUUAUUAUUGGCUCACUGUUGCGUCGGUUUGAAGACAACUUGUGUCCAGUGUAGACAGGUGUGAACUGGCACGUGUAUUUCACUUGUUCUCUCUUCAAAUUCUGUAUCCAUGAUAUAUGUCAUGAACACACCACUCAUUUCGAUUUUCCGGUCAAGAGCACUGAUGAUCAAUCAACAUUCCCAGCCUUCUCGUUUGAUUCCGUCAAGACCUACAGAAGACGAGGAAGGGAUUUACUACUUUUGUUGGGCAAUUUUUCAGAGACUGCAUUUGUGUCAAAACAUCGUAUAAACCUAUGACAAAGUCCAUAAAUAGAUUUGCUAUUUGGAGACAUUAUUACAUGUUGAAAUAAUGUGUUGCAGUAAUAUAGACUCAAUACUUAUAUAUUCUUUUAUGCGAAACUAGAUGAGAGUAGAUUGUUAAGAGUGUUCAAUCAUUGGAUGUGACAAAGUUGGUGUGAGGAAACUCAGAUUUUUAGAAAAUUUAUAUUCAGAUUGUCUGUUCAUUGAGGAGAGGACCUAGCUCGCCAUAACAUCAUAUAUUUGCUAAUUCAUGGAUGAUCAUGAUGAUCACACAUUUGAUGUUAAGGACCAAGUAUCACAAGAUUCACACUUUUACAUGUUCUGGGAUAGUUAUAUGUUAUUAUGCUUUAUUC